AUGAAGCACCCGAUGGUUACAGCAGUGCUGGUAGUACUGGUGCAGGUUUCUCAGAGUUUCCCUGCCUUGUACCACCGAGGUUGGUGGAGGCUGUUAAGGGAAGGAGAUAGUUGUGGAAAAUGCGACUUGGCACUUUGCUCUGAGCCUAAAGACUGUCCAGCCGGGACUGUAUUGGACCGUUGCGGCUGCUGUCCUGAAUGUGGAAAUGUGGAAGGUCAGAUCUGCGACUUGGACCAGGGCAAUCAUUUUUACGGGCAAUGUGGGGUCAACCUUGAGUGCAGGUUGGAUGCUGAUGAAGCAAGGUUUGGGGAAGUCCCUGAACCCCAGUGUGUGUGCAAGUCUCAAGAGAGCAUCUGUGGACCUGAAGGCAAAACCUACGAGAACAUCUGUCAAUUCAACAAGGCUUAUGCUACGAAAAGAAAUAUCAGCAUGAAACAUAAAGGACCAUGUGAAUCAGCUCCUGUUAUUUCUGUGCCACCUCAGGAUGUCCAGAAUUUCACAGGCAAUGAUGUCAUUUUUGGCUGUGAGGUGUCAGCCUAUCCUAUGCCACAUCUUGAAUGGAAAAAAAAGGGGAAUAAAAUGUUUCUGCCAGGAGAUGAUGCCCACAUCUCAGUACAGGCAAGAGGUGGGCCUCAGAAGUAUGGUGUGACAGGCUGGCUGCAGAUUCAAGGCCUCAAAAAAUCAGAUGAGGGCGUUUACAUCUGCCACACCAAAAAUAAGCACGGUGCAACAUACGCCUCCGCAAGAUUGAAAGUCAUUGAUGGCUCAUCUCCUGCAUUUGCAUUUACUGCUGGCAGUAGAAGUGCAAGCUACAGCGUUGAAUAUGGGGACUAUUAUGACCAAUCUGAUGAUGAAGAUGAGGAAGAAUAUGAAUCUGGGGACUAUGAAAAUUGA